AUUUCGGAGACAGCUCCCUUCUGCGUUGAGUUUUCCGAGGGGAUAUAUGAACAGCUGUUGUGUCCUCUUGAUCCUGAGCUCUGCAGACUUUCUGAAGCUGAGUUGGCCCACUUGAAAUGUUAUGAGGACGACGUUAUUACCGGCCUUUUAGACCAUCAUCUUCCACUAUCAUACAAAAGCGAAUGUGUCUUCCAGUUAACCCCUCUUGUAGAGUCAGUGCGCGCACACGUUGCAGGGAGUCACCGAUGCCUAUCUUAUGGUAGUGCAGGAGAUUCGUGCCAAGAAUUAAUUAAAAACGAUGGAAAUGAUAGAGCCGUGUAUAAUCCGAAAAGAACCACUUUAGAUGCAAUACCCUACGUGGCAUACACUGCUCAGUGUUUGAGUUCAGUACAACGUUGUGUUAUAGUUACUGAAAUGUGGCAAUCGAUACACAUGCUUACUGGGGUUGCUAUCCAAUCAUUGCCAAACGUUAGCACACAUUCAGGAGUUCCCAAUAUCAUUUCUAAUGAUAGUGGAGAUGUUUGGAGAAGGUUGUGGAGAAAGAGAAAUGAUUUGCGACUAUUUUGUAAGAAAGACAAUAACGAAAUCCCCUUACAGAAAGGCUUUCCAUCACAAGCAUGUCAAAUGCUAGUCUGUAAGUCUGGUAUGCUGUACAAACAGCAUACAGUCUACCAUUUCGCCUGUCUGUCUACCUGUCUCCUGGCCAGCCAGGGCAAAAUCCCUUGUCUGAACGGAUAUUGGUUAUCAGUAAGAUCCCUUGUUGCCAAUUGGUUCAGCCGUCUGAGACAGGAGGCAACAGAAAGACUCAACAGAACACCUCUGCCUGGCACUUGUUUCACAAUAUCUCCGAUGCCAUUGUGUCCGUAA